AUGCUUGGCCUAUUCCCCACGUGUCUUGCGGUUGUCGCGCUUGUGGGCCACGUGCAGUGUAGUUCCGACUUUAUUACACCUGAAUUAUCGAGUGCACCGUGGUCAGAGAAUCAAGUGUACGGAAUUAACGACGAAUUGGAAAUAAAAUGGAAGACCGAUCAUAAAGGCUGCAAUCUCUUCCUAUGGCAGGAUUAUCCGAAAUUGGCGGUUGAAUGGUACAGCAGAUUGUUAGAAAACACGACUGAAACUUCCCAUGUUUGGAACGCAAGUUCGAGCGGUUUCUCUCCAGAGUCCGAAGACACUGUCUUUCACUUUGCGCUAUACUCUUCGGACAAGGAUAUCCCGCUCGCAAAUUCCGGCUCGUUCAAUAUCUCGGGAACAAAUUCUGAAAAGCUCAAAGCAACAUCGGCAUCAAAUUCAACACCAGCUUCUACAGCGUCUCAAGCAUCAGAAACCUCGACGAGUUCCACAGAGACGACACACCAUUCAGUGACAAAGUCAGAGAACAAUACUGGUUUAUCAACAGCAGCAUUGGUCGGAAUUUCAGUCGGUGUCACAGUAGCGGGGCUUUUGAUUUCCGGAGGUGUAGGCUUAUGCCUAUGGAGACGCUUCACGCGUAGACGAACGACGGAGAGAGUGGAUAGCAUGGAAAAGUCCGAUUUUGAAAAGUCUGAGCUGGGGAAUACCCAAAUAUUACAGAUAGGAAGUUCAGAGCUUGAUGGCACGAGAGAUGCAGCUGAACUUUGGGAUACGCAAAAGCCUGGAGAGCUUGGGGAUGAGAACAAGGUACGGACGAUAUAUGGACUGCAUGAGGCACCAUAG